AUGUUAGGUAAUUGGGUCACCUUGGGUUCAUAUGUGUUCCAUAUAGUGAUAUAGAGUCAUAUGGGUAAAUAUUACUAGCUUAACUAAAAUGAAACAGAUCAGAUGAGGAGAAUGGCCCUUAAGUUCCCCAAAGUGUAUUGAAAUGCAUAUGCCAUGCCCAAAGUAUUUCGUGGCCCAGCCUCUUUUUAGCGGUUACCCAACCCGCCUAGUUUGUCACCUAUAACAAAUUCAUAGUAAUGAUGGUAAGGAAAUUGCUAAUCCACAUAUUACUGUGUCUUCAGUUCUUUGUUUUUUGCACUUGUGAUUUGUGGAUCCCAACAAGUGUUGAUGUUUGGAUGUGAUUUUGCCAUAUGUAAAUUGUAUUAUUGAAAGGAUCUACUAUUUUUUACUUUAGCUGUGCUUGAUUAGAAAAAAGCUCUAUGAUUAGGACAUAGUAAAUGAUAGCUUAACUGCACUACGUCACUUCCUCUGAUAUCUGUAUUUUUAUGCAUUAUUGUUAUUUACAUGACUGAUUACUGUUUUGGUGUAGCUGUGUGGUUUUCCUAGGUUAUGCUGAGUUGGAGUAGCAUUAAUGUGGAUUGUUGGGGUUAUCACAAUGUAUUUUUUCGUUCCAUAUGGUGAUAAGUAUUCAUUGGAUGCGUCUUUAAGUGCUAUAUAUUAUUUCUGAGCAUGCUUGAUUUUGAAACUGUGUUUGAUGGCUGUACCAUUGUGUGAAGUGAUAUUUCCAACUUGUACUAAGGCUCCUUUCAAAUCUUUUCUGCAGAAACAAUUCAUCUCAUGUCAUAAUUCUGUGAGGAGUCAAUAAGUUCCUUUCACAUCUUGUUAUCAUGGUGCAGGUUUUCAUGAAACUUGACCUACUAUAAUCGAGGGAUAGAACAUCUUGACUGAGUUUUCUAGAGUUGUUGAAAGAGGUAUUGUAAUUACUUUAGGACAAUUUUGGAAAUUGUGGAGAGAAGAUGGAAGUUAACAGUAAUAGAUCAGAAACAUGUGUUUUAACUCCAUUGAGAUUCUUAAGGGGUGUCUGCUGUUUGAUAGUGUUGCUUUCUACGGCAUUUGUGAUUUUAGUGUACUGUGGUUUUCACACAGCUGUUAUUGUAAGACUUUUCAGUAUCCAUUAUAGCAGGAAAACGACUGCAUUUUUCUUUGGCAGUUGGCUAGCUUUGUGGCCUUUAUUGUUUGAGAAAAUAAACAAAACAAAGGUAGUUUUUUCUGGUGAAACCGUGCCUGCAAAGGAAAGAGUCUUGAUCAUUGCUAACCAUAGAACUGAGGUUGACUGGAUGUACUUGUGGGAUUUUGCCUUGCGUAAGGGACGGUUAGGGUACAUUAAAUAUGUUCUCAAGAGCAGUUUGAUGAAGUUACCUGUAUUCGGUUGGGCUUUUCAGAUUUUGGAGUUCAUUUCAGUGGCAAGAAAGUGGGAAAUAGAUGAGUCACCUAUGCGCCAUAUGCUUUCAACCUUUAAGAAUUAUCAAGAUCCUCUCUGGCUUGUUGUUUUUCCUGAGGGCACCGACUUCACCGAACAGAAGUGCAUUCGUAGCCAAAAGUUUGCUUCUGAAAACGAUCUACCUAUCUUACAUAAUGUCCUGCUCCCAAAAACAAAGGGUUUUACUGCUUGUUUUGAUGAACUAAGGGGCUGCUUGGAUGCAGUUUAUGAUAUCACCAUUGGGUAUAAAAACCGAUGCCCAACUUUCUUAGAUAAUGCCUUUGGGGUUGCCCCAUCUGAAGUUCAUAUUCAUGUUCAGCGUAUUGGAGUGAACGAUAUUUCAACAUCUGAAGAAAAGGUUAGUUCUUGGUUAAUUGACAGAUUUUCCAUAAAGGACAAAUUGCUCUCAGAUUUUUACUCGCAAGGCUGUUUCCCUCACCAAGGAAUAGAAGGAGACCUUCCUACUAUACCGUGCUUAGUUAACGCAUUUGGGGUGAUCACCUUGACCUCUGCAUGUAUAUUCUUAACCAUUGUCUCAUCAUUGUGGUUCAAAGUAUACAUAUCAUUGGUGUGUGCAUAUCUAGGAUCGGCUACUUAUUUUAAUAUCCGGCCAUCACCCAUUUUCACCUUGUAAAACGUGUUCGUUAAUGUAUGCAAUAGACAAUUUGACUGAAGCAGUAUCUUCAUUGAUAAUAAUAUGGGCCUCUCAUCCUUGAUGCA